GGUUUCCACUUGAUGAAUAAAGAUAUUUUAUCCCCUCAAGUACUUUUUUGGCUGGAACAAGAAGAACUUAAAAAUGACGACAAUUUCUUUAUACCAGCAGAUACACCUCCCAAUUCACUCAAGAUCUACAAACAUCGUCGACGUAUGUGUAAAGAACGUCAUCAACGAGUCCUUGCACGUUUAAUACAGAAACAAGCCGACGAACUUAUUCAACUACACAGUCGAUGUAGGCAAUCAGUAGAUCCUUCCUUAUUACCAGCAGAUCGACCGAUGAUGGAUCAUCAUAGACUCAUCACUGGUAAGCAAUAUGUUCGACAAAACAAACAAUUAUUCAUGCAAGCUAUGGAAUUUGUAAUGCAAACGGAAGAGAUAACAACAGAAGACACCACUUCUAAGCAAGAUACAUUAGAAGAAUAUACCCAGGAUAAAUCAAGUUAUCAACAAGCUAUCCAGAAACCUCUGGAUGGAGCUUUGUAUAGAAUGCGAUUGAAACACUUACUUCAAAGAAAUGCUCUUCUUUUACAAACACAUGACUCUAUGCAAAAGUUAAUUUCUGAAAGGGAUUUGAUUUUGGAAGAUCAACAACAACAAAAGGAACAAGAACGUCAGGAACAACAACAAGAAUCAUCCUGUUCAACCAACCAACAAACACUCAUUCAUACAACCAAUUCGAAAAGGGAUCCUCGGAAACGUGUUGAACAAGGAUUUAUUGACCAGUUUGAUCAACUUGCCAAAGAGAUUCAAUAUCCUCUUGAUGGUGUAAAUCGUACUUAUUAUGUGGCUAUUGAUGAAGUAAUAUGGGAUUAUGCACCAAGUGGCAAAGAUCAUGUACAUAACACUUCCUUAGAAGAAUCACCUGCUCAUUUGUACAUGUUUCAAACACCUACCAGUAUAGGAACACAAUAUUACAAGGCACAAUAUAGAGAAUAUACCGAUGAUAGUUAUUCUGAAUUGAAACAAGUCAAACCUUGGCAUGGAGGUAUGGGUCCUAUAUUCCGAGCUGAAGUUGGUGAUACUUUAGUGAUUCAUGUUUGGAACCGGGCUCAAUACAAUUUUACAAUGCAUCCUCACGGUGUCUUUUAUGAAUUUGAAAUGGAAGGAGCGGUUUACAAAGGUACAACAAAUGAUUCAUUUAUUCAUCCUGGUGGUCGUCAUACGUAUAUCUGGCAAGUACAUCCUCGUGCUGGCCCUGGACCGAACGAUGGUCAUUCCUUAGUAUGGGGUUACCAUUCACACAUGACAGAAUACGAUAUUUUUGCUGGACUGUAUGGAGCCAUCAUCAUUUAUCGACACGGUCAUUGGACUCCUGAUUUAUCCGACAACGAAGUGGUAACAACUGUGUUUGGAAGUGAUGAAAACCUUUCACCUUACAUGAAAAAGACAAUGGAUCAACGUAUUGAUAGAUUAGAUCAACAAUCGAUUGACAAGAUGACAGGGGAUCCCACUCCGUUUUAUUUAUCAAAUGUGAAACAGAUGAUCAAUGGCUUGAUGCUGGAUCGAUCUAUGGUAUUUCGACGUGGACAAACAGUGACAUGGCAUCUAUUGGCUUGGGGUUCUUUCUUGGAUAUUCAGGAUUUACGUUGGGAAAAUGGCCAGGUUGAAUUGUACGGAAAAUCCAUCACUCAUCUACGUCUGUUACCAGCCUCCUUUCGAACCGUGCUUUUUACUCCUCAUGAUCAAGGUAUUUGGAAUUUUGGUUAUCUCAAUGGUGAACAAGGUGUUCAUGGUAUGAUCAUGCAAUAUCAAGUAGAAUGAUUCCCCAUCCAUACAUAUAUAUAUAUAUAUCCUUUCCUCCAUCCUUUUAUCUUAUAGUUGUCGUAUAGAAUCAUCAUCACUACCAUUACCCUUGGAAUUUUUGACACACAACCUCCAAAUAUAUAUUAAUAAACUAGAAAAUAGAAUAUGAUCAAA